AUGCAUGUGGUCUGGAUUCUGACCAGUGCCAAAAGAGAGGUACGACAGGAAGGCACGGAGCGGAGUGGUGGAAACUGGAAUGGGGGUAACGGCACUUUCCCAGAGCACCUUCGAUUACCUACAAUUCACCACGUUGGCCAGAAACGACCCGACGAAUUGGUGAUAACUGCGGGACGCAAUGAAAAGGAGACGCGUCGCCAGCACAGCCCUGCAACGCGUGGCAUGAACGCCUUCAUACUAAUGGUCGGCAUGCUUCGAGAAGCAGAACGACGACGCACAGCACACAAUUACGACACCCGUCCCGCGGCCCUAGACCUGAAGCUGGAACUAUUUGGAGCCUCAUUGCAAGUGCAUCAAGACUCGGACGACUGGUUCGUCCUCUCUUUUGCGACCUUCUCCUUACCGUUCCAUCCCGCCUUGGCCGCCAACACUGCUAUCGCUGUCUCCGCCAGCUUCGCCUCGUCGACAACGAUGUUCUUCAAACACAAGAUGCACGUCUUGGCGGGGCAAGAGACAAUAUCAUCCGUGGCACCCUUACCUUGGCGGUUGUGGAUUGGCGACGACAGACAACGGACGGACGACCUUUGGAUAACUUUAUCUGAACAAGGACUCGCUGCAAAUUCCCCGGAUUCUCCCAGCAUUUUCCCUCGAUCAGAUACCCUCCGUCUCCGCCUGUUAAGUCCAACUGUCCGACAAGUUGCCGACGUACCUGGCAUCACCAAGGCACCUCCACCACGAGUCAAGCAGCGGUUUCAGAACGUGCGCCGACGGCAUCCGCCUUUUGGGUCGACCCUCUUGGACACCUUGGACGUCCUUUGUUCGAGUGUCACACUCAACAUGGCCUUGUCCCGGCUCCCAAGGCUUGACGCAGCGCCCAAGACACCGCUUAUCGUUAUCGACAAGGUGCCCGCAUCCUGUCUCUCGAUUCCGAGGUACUCUCACCAGGCUUCCCAAUCUAACAGACUUUGGCCUCUCAACAGUAUUGGGUUCAGGAUUGUGGGUCGCUAUUUUCGGUCAAAUAAUAAUUGCUACACGUCAAAGUUCAAACCGGCGCUCAUUGACACUUGGCGCAACCCAAGGUUCUCAUGGCUUGCGGGCCGCUAG